GCACUUCACAGGCCGGUGGACGCGUCGGAAUUUUGGCGUCACACAGGUUUAAAGAUCGCAGGCACUUUUCUCCUUUGUUCCGGCGUCAGUGUUCUUUGGAUGUCAACAUCUCUAGGCUUCGGUCGAUUUCACCAGGGCUCACGAGUGUCUUAAAUGGGCUCUGAAAGGGAGAAUUUUGCACACUCGGACACGCCAGUUUGGACUCUUGCGCAUGUGCAGUGACCCCAAGGCGCCGAGGGCAAGCCCAGAGCCUAGUCCCGCCGGUGUAGUGCUCUCCCGGAGCCGUGUGCCUGCGUGGCGUCUUCAGAAUGUCCGCCCCGUUUGAGGAGCGCAGCGGGGUGGUUCCUUGCGGGACUCCGUGGGGACAGUGGUACCAGACCCUGGAGGAGGUGUUCAUUGAAGUCCAGGUGCCCCCCGGCACUCGCGCGCAGGACAUCCAGUGCGGCCUGCAGAGUCGGCACGUGGCUCUGGCCGUGGGUGGCCGCGAGAUCCUCAAGGUAGCAAGCCAGGGCUUGUCCCGAGUUCCUUCUUCUGGCUUUCCCGCACCCCGAGCCCUAAAAUUCACGGUGUCAGAGGGAUGACUGCUGGGUGUGGCAAGGGGAAACUGUUUGAUUCUACAAUUGCUGAUGAAGGAACAUGGACUUUGGAGGACAGAAAAAUGGUCCGCAUUGUCCUGACAAAAACCAAGAGAGAUGCAGCAAACUGUUGGACUUCUCUUUUAGAGUCUGAAUAUGCAGCUGACCCCUGGGUGCAAGACCAAAUGCAGAGAAAACUUACAUUAGAGCGAUUCCAGAAAGAAAAUCCUGGUUUUGACUUUAGUGGAGCAGAAAUCUCAGGGAACUACACGAAGGGCGGACCAGAUUUCUCAAACCUUGAGAAAUGACUGCUAUUGCUUAGUGUUUCUCUGUCUCGUGGAUCCCGGCAGGUGCUGGCAACUUAAUGCAGUUGAUGAGGAGAAGGAUGGAGCAGCCAGUGUCUACAGUUAAAGAUUGCCAAGUGUAUUUCAAUAUGGUUGUAAAGAUCACAUUCAGAUAUGGUUUGCACAGGAGGCAGAGCAGCUCUAAUGUGGAUAGAUGAUAACUUUUACUGCUCUGCAGUAAGUUUUAUAGGCUACAUUUUCCUAAUUUCAUAUUUAAUUGUAUUUUUACUACAAAAAACAUUGGAGUACAAAUCAUAUGAAAUGAAAAAGGUGCCUUCAUGGAAAAAUAUUUUUUUUGUAUGUGUGUGAUAUAAAAAUAAUGUUGAGUAAAUUUCUGAGUAAGAGUUGUAUACCCUUUGUCUAAAUAUGCUUGUCUGUUCACGGAAAGGACAGAACUGGAAAUUUUAAGAAAGGAAAAAAAGUACACUGAAGUACUUUGGAUAACUUGAGUUAAUGAAAAGUUCUAACUGGUUUGGUGCUGCCUAAGUGAUUAUGUCAAGAAAUUGAAAAAUGAUAAACCCCUAACAACGGAAGAGUUAAUUGCCUCUUAAUGUCAGACAACAGUUGAGGCCCCUGAGUAUAAGUCAGUGGCUUCAUUUCAUUUUAAACAUUCAGACAAGGUGGUCUAGAAAAAAAGUCUUGCAUCCUCUGUGUUUUUUAAUUCUUAAAAAAAAAAAAAUUGAAAUGUGUGAAAAGCUUAUGAGUAAAAUAUUAACAGAUUGAAAAUCUUACACUUUUUUCUAAUAAAUUGACAUGUUGUCACCUCAA